AUGGAGAAAAAAUUGUAUAGUAAAGUGUGUGGUGUUGAAAGUAUCAGAUUUUUCAUUGAUGAAGCAAGAGAAGAAAGUGUUGCUGAAGGAAUAAAUGUGUUAUUUACAUUACUAAGAACGGCGCUUGACGCAAAAAAGAUACUGACUACAUCAGUUUGUCUAAAAAUGCUCCCAUAG